GUUGGCACGGUACGGCACGGACUGGAGCGGAUACGGGAUGCGAGGAGAAGACAUCAGAUCAUGAGAGAAAGUGGAGCCGGACGCACUGAGCUGCAGCGAUAAGACAAAAUGAAGGCACCUAUGCGUCAUGGGGUCGCCCUGCUGCUCGUGCUGCUCCUGUUUGCCAGCUCGUUCCUCGUGUACAACAACAGCUUCACCGGCAUUUCCCGGGACUCUAACGACACUCACAUCCGACAGCAUGAACAUCUGCGGCGGCCCACCGAAGCUCCCGCCCGGGUGACCAAGCCUCAUCCCCCGGCCCUGCAGGGAUACAUCGGUAUCAUCGACCAUAAGCCUCUCAGGAAGCACUGUCAGACCUGCUCCCUGGUGACCAGCUCAGGCCACCUCAUCGGAGGGGGACGGGGUGAAGAGAUCGACCAGGCCGAGUGCGUCAUCCGCAUGAACGAUGCCCCCACCGCCAGAGGCUACGGUCACGACGUGGGCCGCCGCACCUCUCUACGUGUCAUCGCUCAUUCCAGCAUGCAGAGGGUCCUGAGGAGCCGCCACGAGCUGCUCAACGCCAGCCAGGACACUGUGUUCAUCUUCUGGGGGCCCAGCAGCUACAUGAGGCGUGAUGGGAAGGGUCUGAUCUACAACAACCUGAGGCUGAUGAACCAGGUGCUACCCAAACUCCGAGUCUACAUCAUCUCACUGCAGAAGAUGCUGCAGUUUGACGAUCUCUUCAAGAAAGAGACGGGGAAGGACAGGAGGAUAUCAAACUCGUGGCUGAGCACCGGCUGGUUCACUAUGACCAUCGCCCUGGAGCUGUGCGAUAGGAUCAAUGUCUACGGCAUGGUCGCCCCUGACUUCUGCAGGGGGCGUCAGCACCAAUCCGUUCCCUACCACUACUAUGAGCCCCGUGGCCCGGACGAGUGUGCUAUGUACAUUUCUCACGAGCGUGGACGGAGGGGCAGCCAUCACCGCUUCAUCACAGAGAAGAGGGUGUUUGCAAACUGGGCACGGACUUUUGACAUCCACUUUUACCAGCCGGACUGGAGCCCACCGCCUCUCCCGGCCAACCGGUCGCUGGAGGGGGACGUCACAGCUGCACACGUGGUACCCAAGAAGACGUGACGGGAGUCGAGUUUAAGAAAUACUUUAAAAGGGGAACUAAUGUAGUAGAACUCUGCAAUUUCAGGAGCCUAAACUGAACAGAUAAAGCUGAGGUAGAAGAUAACCUCAGGUGAAGGCUGGGUUUUUUUGAUCUUGCUGGACUUUUGUUGCCAACAGCUCUCCGUCGCUGCAGCUCCUGCUGAGGAGGUGAAGAAGUUCAAAGUUAUACAUCUGUUUUAUAAGAAAAGCCUCAUAAAGUGAGGUUAUACAAGGAGGCAACGUUAGUCACACUAUCAAUGCAUGCGUUCACUGCAGAGCCUCGUCGUCUUUGUGCAUUCAUACUGUAUGUAUGUCGACUAAAAUGAUAACAGAGGAUACAAACUUCAGUCUGGGCUUCAUAUAAAGCCUCUCUUUGGCUGUGUAAUAUGCAGGAUCUACUGCUUACAGUUCAGUGAAAGAAAAUACCAUUACAAUACCCAUAAUCUAACAGCAUAGAGCUGGAGACAGUGUCAGUGGAAUACUAAUUAAACUGAAGCUUCGGUCAAAUCUGGCUUUUAGAAAGGGUGAAUUAUCCCUGUUCAGGAUUUAGUUCUCCUGCUGCCUUCAGUUAUUGAACAGGUCAGGUUGGAUGAGAUUCAUUCGACCCCUGAAGGCCUUCAAAGCAGAUAUUCACUUCCCUUACUUUUAUUAAUGCUGCCUUCCAGAUGUGUGCGUUGUAAAGUGUCCAACUUUAAAAUCUAGAACUUCUUGUUUGAAUGACAAGAGUGUAACCUCGCAGAAGGUUUAAUCUUGGCCCCAUGCGGAUAUAUCAUAAGGCUUUGUUGGCGCCUGUCACUAGUUAAUAGUGCGAUUUAUACAGCUACAAGUCGGAUUUCCAUGUAAAUGCACAGCUAAGUCACAAAAGACAAGUGGGAGAUUAAGAUGGAGAGCAGGGAUGCAGCGGCGGCAUCCAUCCUACUAUAUUCAUCCGCUGCUACCGCCGUGAGCCUGAAUCACCUCGAGGGAGAAUUACACCCUUUUUUUUCCUUUGGUUAAACUGAUGAGUAUGUGAUCUGUCACUCCUCUCGUCUCCAGCUCCCAAUCGUGUUUUAUGUGCACUCUCUGCUCAUUUGAUGUAGUGGAAGCUACUUGUAGGCUGCCCCGUCUUCACUCCCAGAGAUCCUCUAUUUUCUCCUCCAUGAAUAAAAAUCAGGUCUGGGGGGAAGCGAUGCCACGUGUGGUUAUCUUAAUGAUACAUCCUGGUGCUAAGUCCUUAUUGAUUUGCCCUCAUCGCUGUAAUGUGAGUAAUGAGAGAAUAGAUGCCGCGGGUCAGAUACAUAGGUGCUCACACCUCCAGGACGGGAUUCACAUCAUGUUUCCUCAGACGAGACGAGGAAACGAUUGCUUUUCAUACAUCAUGCACAGACGCAGCUGCUGCUUUUCUCUACGUUGCCCGGAUCGCCUGCUGCUGACUUGCAAAGUCCACCAUAAUUUAUUUUGUAGGAAUGUGUUCUCCAUGGCUAAAAGGUGUGCAGAAUGAUCUAUAAAAGGAGGCUGAUAAGUAUUUAAACAUUUCAGAUAUUUGCCUUGUACCUGAAUCUUUAAUGAUGUUAAAGAGAGUUUCUUCUAAAUAUUUCUUUCAUUUAUUUAACUCAAGAAAAAGAUAGUCCUCAAAGGCUAAGCUGAAAUUUUCAGAAUGCUUGUGUUGUAAAGACAUGAGUAAAAUUCCUGAAAUUCUUCUAUUUACAGUGACAUUGAGCAAAGGAAAGCAGUAAAUUACCGCAAAGUCGGAUAUUUGUAAAAUUCGCUUUUCAAAUAACGUAUUAGUUUCACAUUUUGAAGAAGUUAGUCCCUCUCUUGCAGAGAUUAAAUGCAAUGUGUCAUGUCUGCACAGUGAACUGUAGUUAGAGGUAAGGCUGCUCGAUUAUGGCAUAAUUUUUUUUUUUUUUUAAAGAUAUAUUUUUGGGCUUUUUAACACUUUAUUUGUAGUGCAUAACAGUGGAUACAGUGAUGAGAGAGUGAAGGAAAGUAGCCAUAGGCUGGACUUGAACCUGGACUGCCUGUGUACAUGGGAUGUGCCUUAAAACCACUGGGCCAGGGUUAUUAAAUUACAAAUUCAACUGAGCCAAAUUUUAAAAUCAAGAAAUGUAGCCGGGUCAGCCA